UUUUUGUUAUGAGUUUUGUCCUUCAUGAAAUUUCAUGCUGUAGUAUCUUCAUUUAAAAGCUUGGUUGCAUUUCACUUAACAUUAUGUACAAAAACAUGAAAAAGAUACACUGAGAUAUAUAAUGAAUCAAUAGCACAUCCAUAAUAUACAAUAUAACAACAAAAUAAAAUAAAAACUGCAUAGGAAAACAGGGAAAGAAUUUAAAAAUUGAAAAAGUAGGAAAUUAUUUGCACAGCAGACAGUAUUAAGUUCUUUCAUCUUUUCAACCUCUAGGGGGUACUGUGUUUUCAUCAAACCCUCCCCCAAGAAGAACUUUCUUAAACUAGAUGAGGCUUCAUAAACUGUUCUUAAUGUUAUCUGGAACUUUAAUUUAGGAAUUAAGCCUUCCAGAAUAAAAAGUACAAUUUACUGUAAUGCUUUGUGUUGGAACAGUGACUCUACUCUUGAUUGGUAUGCAUGCUAUUUUGGGAGGAAAAUACCAUUUCAUAAUUAUCUUAAUCCUAAAGGGACAGAUUCUGAAAUCUUCAUUCUUAUUGUAGCCAAUGGGCAUGUUGCCUGACAAAAGAUUCAGGACUGUACAAGAUUUUCCUCUUAACAAUUGUGUAUGUAGCUGAAAUUACUUAUGUUUGCUCAUGAGAAAGCAAUCUUAGAUUUAUAGCCCUGGAAAAUAUUUGUGGCCAUACUGUAUUUUUACUCAUGAGAAGGUGGAUUAAAUGAUAGAUGCAAUUUGGAUCAACAAUAAAUUGUUAUACAUACACUUUGGGCUCCAAAAGAUCCUGGUGCUUUAAGGAUCUGAUCCAGAAAUGUUUAUUAAAGCAGAUAUCCACUAGAUUGAAUGGCAAUGCUCAAGUGCAUAAGAGUUGCAGGUUGGGGCAGGCCUAAAUCCAAAUCUGCAUCUAUAUAUCAAAACUGGCCUUCAAGCUUCUAUUAGCAACUGGUAUUUUCCAGUCUUCUUUUUAUCAUUUUUGUCCUGUAUACUUAGUACCUUAUAUUCCCUGAGGAGUAGUUAAAAUAAAUUAGGAUGGCUGACUUGUGAUUUGUUUGCUUCUUAUCUCUUCCAUAUUGGCACAGUUUAUGCUCUCAGACAAAAAGCAGCACACACAAAUGAAAGACAAAUUUUGAACAAAAAAAACUAAGAGAUGUUGCCAGGUUGCAGUGUCAUAAACAGACAUGUGGGGUCAAUGGAAAGCAGGGGCUGGCAAUGCAGCAUACAAAAUUAUCUUCAUUGGAACAGAUGUACCCAUUUAACUUAAAAACCAUUCUGAAACCAAAUUAAGUAAUCACAUAAUUACUUGAAAUGUAUAUCUUCCAGGCAAGUUGCUUCUCCUAGAACUUCUGCAUCUUAUUUUUGGCUAAUCUCCAUUUGAUAAAUAUUCCAGAAAAAUAUCCUAGUUUAAUUUUUGUUUAGUUGCUGUGCACAGGAAAUAAAAUAAUGUGAUUGGGCAUUUUUAAUUCCAUUGCUUAGUUUAAUUGCUUUACAAGCAUUUGUAGUUUCCUCCUGUGUUUAAUUCAGACUUCACUGCUCUCAAAGACAAACAGCUGGAUUCCACUAGGAACCAAAGUCUCCAAUUUGCGCUCUGUACAGUAAGGCAGCAACAAUUUGUUUAUAGACAUUGCCCUGACAAUGACCUCAACCCUGAGCUAAACAGACCCCUCCUGUAAGGUUAGAAGCAGUUCACUCACCCACCAGUAUAACCUGGGGCCUCUCCUAAUAAGUAUAAAAUGUAACAUUAUGCAGUAUUACUCUGUGCGUGCAGACAAGGACCACUGACCAAUAUGAAAUAUGCAGAAUCACAGAGAUCUCGCAUUUACAAGUGAUAAAUGCAGUUAGUUCUCCUCUCCACUCUGUUCCUAUCUUCCUUCACUAUAUCAUUUUAAUUCUUUUCAAUAUUUAGUGUUGAGAAAGGUUUCUUAUUCAGAAAAAAAUCAUCCAUUUGCAAGUGGCAGUUCCAAAAGUUAUAGUUCUUUGCUAGCAAUACAUAUUAAAAACAAGAUUGUUGUUUUUUUCUACCAUGGACAACAGCUAAGUAAAUUAGUCAGACAGUGGUGUCCAAACUACUUAAGGGAAUUUUUCACACCAAAGCAUAGUGUUAAAUAAGCAAUUCUCUGAACAGUAAAUACAAGUUCGUUAUAUGAAAUAAUAUAAGUGAAAAACAAGUUUUGCUUUUAGUUAGACACUUUAUUUCCUGGGGCACACAAAGUCUUCUGCGGAAUUAAACUGUGUCUAUUAAGCUCCUAAGGAGGGGUAAUGCAGAACUGUUCUAAGGGUUACACCAUGGGGCACUGUCUCAGAGUGGCACAAUGUUUCCCAGAUCUCCUCGGUUGCAUGGAGUGGGGGUAUUUACAUCAUUUUAAAGGAGGCAGUUUGCUUCUCAUGCUGCUGACCAGUUCUGCUGGAUAGUUUGUGGGUCACAUCCAAAAUCCUACCUACUCCCUGACCCUAGUGAGCCUCUUAGAUCUAUCCUCUGGGAAUCCCUGGAUGCUAGUGUUUCAAUUAUGCUUCUCCCCAAGAAAGCUGUGACAAGUAGCAGGGCUUUCUCUCCCACACAACCCCAGAAACAAGGGCACAAUUAGCACAUGUUAAUUUAGGGGCAGAUACUGCAAGCUUUACUCACAUUGCUACUCCACUGAUUCCCAUGGAACUGCCAGUGAAAUACAGGAAGUAGCCCGUACGCUCGUCACCCACUCUGGGGCUGAGUUGUUCUACCACGAGGAGUUGCUCCACUCGUGGCAAUGGGUGCGCUCUCGCACUAAGGUACCACUCAGCCGGAGCCCAUGUGGCACGCUGAGCGCAGUACCAAACUGCCCACUAUAAUACUGCUCUGUCUGGGAUCCUGCCUGGGGGCCCAAGGAAAGCAGCUACUAUGUCCUCUUCCUUCCAGGUCCUGUGCUGAUCCCAGCAGGACCGCUGACUAGCUGACCGCUACCUUCCCUUGCUGCAGAACAGCUGCAGGGUGCUUUUGCCCAGAGCAUUUCUCACAGCCACUCUGCCACUUCCAGCGGGGGCUGCUGUUGCAUGACAGGAUCUUUUAUUGGUGGGGCUGGGGGAUUAAUUCAUUCGGAGGGCAGCUCGCAGUCCGGAGAGCAGCGCUACUAAACGCCGGUGCUUUGCUUUAGCUCCGGGACAGGCUGCCUCUUGCACUGGCCCAGCCGCUUCGCAUCCACAGUUACUACAGCAUUACGAGCCAACUUCGUGCGUGUUACUCGCGCUCGCCGCAUCCCCAGGUCCGGAUUUUAAACGCGUCUUUUACACGCCCUGAUGGGACACGCGCACGAUGGGGGUGCGGGGAUAUCCAAAGUCCGCAUUGCAAAGGGGGAGAACGAUUUGUUUCGUUGCCUCCGCACCUCUCCCCUUGCUCCCCUAUUUGCAGUCACAGCUCAUCAGAGCGCUCCCGGACGGGAUGGACGGCUGGCUGGGUACAGGAAGAGGGGUGGCGGGCUGGGGGGAGUCGGGAUUUUCUUGGGGGGGAGGAGGGCGGAGGGGCGGAUCAGCCCUGCAGGAAUGUUAAUGAACGGCUCCUCCCCAAACACAAACCCGGCCUCGCAGCGCCAUGUGUGGCAACAGGCGCGUUGGCUCCCACACUAUUUAAACACAGGGCUAUAGACCAGGGAGGAUCAAUAAGAUCAGGAAGGAGGCAGCGCGUGGGGAGGAAGAUGCCCCACCAAUAGCAAGUUGCUGGGCCAGUUAACCUGAAAAACACCCUUAAAAAUAAGCCACCCAACAACGGAGCGAGAGCCCAGCAGCUGCCUCUCACCCCAGGCGUUUGAUCCCUGUAUUAAAGUGUGCAGGGGGAAGAGGUUGGUAGCACUUUCUUGUUCUGUGCAGGGCACCCAGGGGGACUCGGAGGCAGCAGCGAGAGGGGGGAGGGAGCUCACUGCUAUUGAAACAAUGCCAUCCUUCUUCUCACUUAGCCUCCCCUGCGUCCUGGCGGCUUGGAUGCUCCUGGCAAGCAGCAGCAGCCCCGAGGAGGAGAAGCUGAUCAGGGUCCUGGUGCUGCUGCCCAAGGACAACUCCUACCUGUUCUCCGUGGCCAGGGUCAAGCCAGGCAUCGAGUACGCCGUGCGGAGCCUGCAGGAGAACGGGACCUGCCUGCCGGGCUACCGCUUCGAGACCAUCUACGAGGACUCCGAGUGCGGCAACCGGGCGCUCUUCAGCCUGGUGGACCUGGUGGCCCUGAAGCAGCAGAAACCGGACCUGGUGCUGGGGCCGGUCUGCGAGUACGCGGCUGCCCCGGUGGCUCGGCUGGCCUCGCACUGGAACCUGCCCAUGAUCUCGGCGGGGGCGCUGGCCACCGGCUUCAGCACCAAGACGGGCGAGUACUCGCACCUGAUCCGCGUCUCGCCCGCCUACUCCAAGAUGGGCGAGAUGUUCCUGGCCCUCUUCCGGCACCACAAGUGGAGCCGGGCCACGCUGCUCUACAGCGACAACAACCAGGAGCGCAACUGCUACUUCACCAUGGAGGGGGUGCAUGUGGUCUUCCAGGAGGAGGCGUUCCACAUGGCCGUGCACAGCUUCGACGAGAGCGGCCGCUACUUGGACCUGGACGAGAUCGUGCGCUCCAUCCAGGCCGGGGAGCGAGUUGUAAUAAUGUGUGCCAGCGGUGACACAAUAAGGAACAUCAUGUUAGCUGCUCAUCGACAAGGAAUGACCAAUGGAGACUACGCUUUUUUCAAUAUUGAACUCUUCAACAGCUCGUCAUAUGGAAAUGGCUCGUGGAAGAGAGGAGACAAACAUGACCUUGAAGCAAAGCAAGCCUACUCAUCCCUCCAAACAGUCACACUACUGAGGACAGUGAAACCUGAGUUUGAGAGGUUUUCCAUGGAAGUGAAAAGUUCUGUUCAGAAAGAAGGUCUGAACGAGGAUGAUUACGCUAACAUGUUUGUGGAAGGGUUCCAUGACGCCAUUCUCCUCUAUGCUCUGGCUUUGGGUGAGGUCCUGAAAUAUGGCUUUAGCAAAAAGAAUGGGGAUAAAAUUGUUCUUCAUACACGGAAUAGGACAUAUGAAGGUAUUGCAGGGCAGGUAUCCAUUGAUGCCAAUGGAGACCGGUUUGGGGAUUUCUCAGUGAUUGCAAUGACUGACCCAGAAGCAGGCACACAGGAGGUGAUUGGGGACUAUUAUGGAAAGCAAGGGCGUUUUGAAAUUCGAUCAAACGUGAAGUAUCUUUGGGGUCCUGGCAAGCUGAGAAUAGAUGAAAACAGAGUUCUAGAGCACACAAACAAUACACCUUGUAAAUCAUCAGGUGGCCUAGGAGAAUCAGCUGUUACGGGGAUUGUAGUUGGUGCUCUACUUGGAGCAGGAUUACUAAUGGCUUUCUACUUUUUCAGAAAGAAAUACAGAAUAACUAUUGAGAGACGAAAUCAACAGGAAGAAUGUAAUAUGGGCAAGCAUCGGCAGUUACGUGAAGACUCCAUUAGAUCUCAUUUUUCUGCUGCAUAAAAAAGAAAAAAAAUUCCAUUAUUUCCGAGAAAAAAAACUUUAGGGAAACGGACAAAACCAAAGACAUUAGUGUAAAAGAAGAGGCUCUUGAAGAACUCAUUCUUUAAGCAGUAGAGUAAUUUUGUCUUAAUUUCUUUCAGAAACUCAGGAAUGAUUUGCUGAUCACAUUAUGCCAUAUGGCCUUUCAUCUUGUGGGGGGGAAAAAGACAGUUUCACAUUGUAGGACAUUCUUAGUGUUUUGUGAAGGUAUUUUCUAAGACAUUUUUUGAGGACAGCAGUUUUGUGCUUAGGGCUGGGGAUGCUUCUUCCUGACCCCUUCUUUUAAACUUCUAGUGCCUCCUUCCUUAGCUACAUCAUAAGCAAGGAUAUCAAAAUAUCCUUUUUUAAGUGCUGCUUUGCCAUUAAAAUAAAAAAUGUCUUUAUUGUGGGUGUGGUCCUGCAUUGCUGAAACCAAUGGACCACUUUGCCAUGGAUCUCAGUGGGUGCACGAUUAGAACCCUAGAGUUUAAUCUCAGGAGGGAGUUGGCACUCAUAAUGUAAAUAACCAUUGAGAAAGUGAAGAGAGUGGAAACACUCAAAGUCAUUUUUUCAUUGUACGUACAGUAUCAAAAUCAAUACAGGAAAUACAGAGACUGCAUCUCUUCUCACUUAUAUGGGUGUAAAUCAAGAUUAGCUCCAUUGUAAUCAGUGGAGGUUAACUAGUAUGAAACAUAAGCAAGGGGAGGUCAGAAGAGCUCUAGAGUGGAAUGGAUUUUUCUUCAGCCUUAUAUAUGCUUUUAUAUUAUAACAAAACAUCCCAGGAGAAUCGUCAUCCUUUUCUCUCUCCCCACAUCAUCGCCUCUUAGAAAGGCUAGUGUACAGUACCUAAAGGACCGGCUUCUGCUCUCAUUGAAGUCAAUGGCAGAAGUCCCCCUGAUUUCAGUGAGAGCAAGGUAUGACCCUAGACUCUGUAAAUAUUAAUGAUAUGAGUGUUUGUACAGUAACGGUAAUUCAAAAGAUUGUUUUGUAUAAAAAUGACAUUCCAUGCUAACAUUUUAUUUGUAGGUAUUUUUAUCUGGUAUUUUUCUAUUAGAAAGUGUCUAUUUUUGCUUUGGUAAGAUUAAAAGUCAAGGUGAGACGGUUUGAAGAAAUAUUUUUACAAGAGUGAAUAAUGUGCACAGGAAGUCAUCGAUGUAAAUAAAAGUUAUUUUGGUUUAUGAAUAUUAACUAGAUUUUUCUCCCUCAUGCCUGCCUUCUUUCCCAAUAUGUGCAGAAUGCAAAUAAUUAAUUAGCUAAAGUAAAAUACAAUUGAUAAUUUAAUUGUAAAGUUGCCAAAAAUUAGUUAUUUUGCCAAUUUAUUCCCAAAUCCUGUCAAUACUUAACUUUACACACAUUCAAGUCAAUAAGACUGGCGGUUUACAUGGGUGAAGUAAAGCAUCUUCAGGAUUAGGGUUUUAAGAUGCUGCUGUGAGAUCUGAUCCAGAUCCUGCUGUCAUUGAUAUCUCUGGUAAUUAUAUAAUUAAUUUUAACAGUGACUUCAGUUGGACCAGGACUAGGGCACUUUCAAAAAAAGGCGUUAUUCCCCAUAAAAUGAGGUUUUCCAUGAUAAAAAAAACUGCCACAUUCUUUUGAUUUACUUUCGAAAGAACGUGGCAGCAGGCUAGACGCAGGGGAAAUUUUUUUGAAAAAAGGUUACUUUUUUCGAAAAAACCCUGUAGGCUAGACACACCCUUGUAUGUAUAUGAACAAUGAUGUUAGCUUAAUUUAUGUGUUAAUUACUAAUAAAUGAACUCCAUAAAGUAGGAUAGUAAAAGAACUCCAAAAGAGUGGGCUAAUACAGUAUUAGCUUCUUUUUUUAAAAAAAAACUGGUACAUUACUUAUGUUAUAUUUCUCAGGAACACAGUAAAUUGAUAACUUGACCUUUGAUAGCAAAUGACAAAGUAUUUUGGCAGCAUUCUGGCAUUAUGGUUGUUUCACAGCAGAGUUUUAGCAAUGGGAAUAAGUACAUAAUUUUUUGGGGAGGAGGUAGCAGUUAAAGAUAGUGGGGAAAGAUCUGCCCUCAGAUAUGUGUCUAACUCCCAUUGUCUAUCUGGAUAUCUGAAGGCAGAGUUUAUAACUAACUACAGGAGCUUUUGUUUAAAUUAACCAUUUCACAUGAGAAAAUUGAAAUAUUUGCACUUUGCACAUCUCUGCUUAUAGAAAUAUUAGGCAGAAAGGAGUUUAAAUGGUAUGUGGUCUUUAUAUUUUUAGACCACAUAUAUCUUUAAAAUAGGCAAUGAGAAUGAUCUUGUCGACCAUAUACAGGUCAAAUUUCUGUUGAAGUCAAUGGAAAUAUUUCCCAUGAAAGAUUUCAGGACUGGACCAUUUGAAGGGCUUAACAAGUAGUGUGAUUGGCUAUGGUGAUGUUCUCUCUUGGGAAUCACAAGAAACUUAUGCACUUCUUUUUGUCCUUGAUUCAGUCUUAUAUAUAGCAUAUUUAAAAGUUUCAGAGGGGUAGCUGUGUUAGUCUAUAACUUAAAAAAAACCCAAAUGAGUAGUCCUUUAGCACCAUAGAGAUUAAGAUUUUGCCCAAGAAAGCUCAUGACACUAUAUAUUUGUUAGUCUCCAAGGUGCUAUAGGACUACUUGUUUUUGUUUUUUUUAAAUCUAGCAUACAUGUGAAAUAGACACCAUCCUUUUAUAUUUUACCCAUCUGAGUUAAAGGGAAGGUUCUGGUAUACUACAAGGAUAUUGAUGGUUUUUCACCAGGAAAAUAAUACUGCCAUGACUAGGAGACUUUCUUGGAUUAGUGUUUAAUUAUAAAUAACUGCAUAGAUUUUUUAAAAACCUAGAAUUGCUUCUUUCAGAAUGCACAUUUCAAAAUGCCUCUGACUGGUGUAUACCACAUUUAGACCCUAGAAAAGUGACUUUUAAGAGGUGCUGGACUAGAGUUCAUUCAACAAUUCUCAUUAACCACUAAUGUUAAUAUUCUGCAUCGAUGGCAAAAUACUCUGAAGAAUCUGACACUGUUGAAAUUUCUAUGUUAAGCUACAACCCAUCAAAUACCAUGCAUGGAUUCAUUAGGUGCUGAAACUUCAGAAGGUUAAAGAUUCUGACUGUGUGUAAAUGGUCGUUAGUGUUUUUGUUGUGUGAAUGUUCCUAUUAGACACUUGAGCAAGCAGAGGAAAUGUACCUAUUAGGGCAUUUUAAAAUAUCUUGUUUUAAUUGUUAUUUUCUUAAUCUAAGCUGAUAUGCACAAGGAAUAACUGCACAAUUCUCACACACCAAAGUCUGUGACCACAGGUUUUACAAACAUUAGGCCAGAUAAUCAGCUGACAUUUAUUGGCACAGUUACAUUGACUUCAGUAAACUUACACUGAUAUGUACCAGCCGAGGAUCUGGUUAAUUUCUUUGACACCUUAUUCCCUAUGAACCACUUGCAUGGGUGUUUUUCCACAUUGUUAUAGGAGGCACCAUUAAAAGCAAAUGUGACAGUUACCACAGAGUAGUACACAAGAUCAUUAAAGCUUUUUUUUAAAAUUUAGUACAUACUUGGGAUGAGUGUUGGGUAAUGAUUGGCAAGUGUUAAUGGCUUCUAAUGUAGUAAAAGCUUCCAGGUGGAAAGGUGUGUUGGGAAGAAAGAGUAAAUGAAUACCUGCACAUUGAGUUUAGGGAAAAAGGAGAAAGAUACUCAGGGACUGAUUGUACUCCCAUUGAUGUGCUACUGACUUCAAUGCGAGCAGGAUCAAGCUCUUGCUUUCUACGCAGGAUGUGGGCAAUAUUAUUUUAUACUUAAACUCAGAGGUCCAGCCCAAGGCCUUUUCACCAAUUAAAUUCCACUUAAGACCUUAAAAAUAUGGCUUCAAUUAAAUUUAGGCGACCCAUAGGAUUUGGGCUGACCCUCUACUAGUGGUGAAUCUUGCCACUUAAGUGAAGUGCUUACUUAAAUAAGAGUGUUUGGGGCCCAUCUAAAAGUAUAGAAAGCUGAAUACUGAGAGGAAGGUGAUGGGAUGAAUUUGCUGUGUUCCUUGUGCCUAGUAUGCAAUUAUCACAAAACCAAGAGGACUCAGGAUAGAGACUGUGGUAGUUAUCUUUGUCCCCUUUUUUGGGGUGAUACUAUUCAUUAUCAAUGUAAAAAUACUGGACAACACAGAAAUGUAGUAUCAGUCUAGUAGAAAAUAAAUGGAAAGCUGCACAGUAUAUUGUACUGAUGUAAGUAGAACUAUAUGCAUAUAAUGUGAUUUUAUUUAUUGUUUUUUGUAAAGGAGAACGUGUAUUCAUGACUGUGGAUAUAACCUCUGUUUUAUUUGUGUAAUGUAUUUCUUUCUUUUACAAGUUGGCCAUUUAAAAUAUCUACAUUCAUCAAUGCCCACUGAUUUUAAUUAUGUACAUUUUCUUGUAAACAUGUCAAGGAGGCAAGAAUGUCACAUAUCCAAAUUAUAACAAAAUGUUCCCAUUAAAGAAAUAGAAAUGUGA